AGAUCCCGGUGGGAUGGAGGGGACCGGGAAGAUCCCAAUGGAUCGGGAAGAUCGGGAAGAUCCCAACAACCCCAAACUCCACCCAAGAACCGACCCCCUGUUCCCAAAUCCCGGGAAUUCCGGCCAGGUCUCCAAACUGGUCCACGCCAUCAAGAUGGGCUGGAUCCAGCCCCGGAAACCCAAGGAAAACGUUCCCGUUUUUUACGACCUCUGGGCUCGGGAAGACCCCGACUCCAUCCUGGGCCGGCACAAGAUGCACGUCCCCGCUCCCAAAAUGCCGCUGCCGGGCCACGCCGAAUCCUACAACCCGCCCCCGGAAUUCCUGCUCAGCCCCGACGAGGAAUCCGCCUGGCGUCUCCAGGAGCCCUGGGAGCGCCGUCUCCCGUUCCUGCCGCGGAAAUUCCGGAGUCUCCGCGCCGUUCCCGCCUAUUCCCGCUUCAUCCACGAGCGCUUCGAGCGCUGCCUCGACCUCUACCUCUGCCCCCGGCAGCGCCGGAUGCGCGUCAACGUGGAUCCCGAGGAUCUCAUUCCCAAAAUUCCCAGGCCGAGGGAUCUGCAGCCAUUCCCGACCACCCAGGCCAUGGUUUUCCGUGGCCAUUCCAGCCUGGUGCGGACUCUGAGCGUCUCUCCCAGCGGGCAGUGGCUGGUGUCGGGCUCGGACGACGGCACGCUGCGGUUCUGGGAGGUGAGCUCCGGGCGCUGCCUGCGGAGCGUUCCCGUCGGAUCCGUGGUCGGGAGCGUGGCCUGGAAUCCCAAUCCCAGCCUCUGCCUGGUGGCCGCCGCCGUGUGAGGACGAGCAGCUGUACAGCUGAAUCCGGGCCUGGGCGAUCGGCUCCUGGUAGCGGCCACGGAUCAGCUGCUGGAUUCCUGGGAAUGUCCGGAGGAGGAGCGGAUCCAGCCGAUCCCCUGGAUCCCGGCCGGCCCCGAGGAGCGCUCCAAGGGGAUCCGCCUGCGGCUGCCCCACGGAAAG